CACUGCGGCUUGACAUUUCGUUGCUCGUUUUCAACGGGUUUGCGGACAAGAUAUAGUACCGAUUUAUUUGACCAGAGUUUGGUGUCCAUUCACUGUAAUUUUUUCGCGGGGAUAGGUGGAGAUGGCGGCCGUCCUGCUGCAGGUUCUGGAGCGGACGGAGUUGAACAAACUCCCGAAAGGUGCCCAGAACAAGCUCGAGAAGUUUGUAACGGAGCUGCAGAAUGCUAACGAGGCGCUCAGGACGCAGCAUGAGCGGUUCAAGGCAGACAGUGAGCAGCAGUACUUUGACAUUGAGAAGAGACUGGUGGAGAGUCAGGAACAGAUCCGUUCUGCCACCAAGGACUUGCAGACCCUAAAGGAGGAAAAUAAAAAACUCAAUGAAGAGCUGAAUACUCUGAAAGGAAUCGAGGGAGAGACCUUUGAAGAUAAAACACCGCAACAGCAAACGAAGGCCAAGUAUGAGAUUGAGGCAGAGAAGAGAGAGCUGGCGAGGCUGCUGGAGAAGAGAACGCAGGAGGUGGAGAACCUUACUGAGGAUGUUAACCGUCUAAACGAGAAGCUGACGGAGACGAACAAAUUCAAGAUGGAGCUGCAGUUAAAACUGGAUGAUAUACAGUCAUCUGAAGCUUCUGUACAGCACCGGGAGAAGCGUAUGGAGCAGGAGAAAGAGUUACUUGAGAAGAAAAUCGAGUGGUUAUCUGCGGAACUGAAGACCAAAACUGAUGAACUGCUGAACACAAACAGAGACAAAGGCAAAGAGAUACUAGAGCUGCAGGGCAGUCUGAAGAACAGCAAGGAGCAGGUGACCAGACUGGAAAGUCACCUCACCUCUCUAAAGGAAACCAGUGAAAGCCAGAGUAAAAGAGCUGAAGACCUCAACAACAAGCUGAAACAGGCUAAAGACGAGCAGAGCGCUAUGGAGGAGAAAUACCGCAAUGAGCUCAAUGCUCAUGUCAAGUUGUCUUCACUCUACAAGGGAGCAGCAACAGACUUGGAGACCAAGAACCAAGAAUUGUCCAGAGCGGUGGAAGAGCUCAGCAAACUGGUUAAAGACACUGGGGAAGCCAAUAAGACUCUAGAGAAGAAGGUGUCAGAGGGAGAAGAACUAAAGAUGCAGCUUGACGCAGAGCUUAGAGAGAAAAUCAAGAAAAUGGAGAAAGAGCUGGAAAAUGCUACAGUGAAGGCUGCUGGCAAACACUGCUGUGGGCCUUCCCUGACUGAGGAGCAGUUGGACUACAUGUGUCCAUCAGCAGCUGCCAUUGCUGCAAUUGUAAAGCCUGGCAUGAAGUUCUUUGAUCUGUAUAAUGCGUAUGCAGAGUGUCAGACACAGCUUCAGCUCGAGAAACAGGAGACCAGGAGAGUGAGCAGAGUGCUGGAUGAGAUCAUCCAGGAAGUCGAGUCCAAAGCUCCCGUCCUGAAGCGUCAGAGAGAGGAGUAUGAGAGCAUGCAGAGAUCCAUGGCCUCCCUGUGCAACAAACUGGAACAGGCUCGAACGGAAAUCUACAGUUUGCAAAAAGAGAAAGAAGAAGCAAAGCAGCGCUGUGAUGCCCUGGAGAGAGACAAACUAAGGACUGAGAGACAGUUAGAGGAUACGUCUACACAGGUGUGUGCUCUUCUGGUGGAGCUGGAGGAAGCCAGAGGUAAUCAGGUGACCAAGGAUGACAACAGUUCUGCUGACAUUUCCAGCACCUCUGAGGUCAUCAGCCCACGUCAGCUGUCUUUCCGCAGUGUAGAGGAGCUACAAAGGCAGAACCAAAGCCUGCUGGGAAGGCUGAGGGAGCUUGAGCAGGAGAAGGACAGACAGCAGAACAUUGUAACGUCAGAACGUGUAUCAGAGUUGGAGGCCAAUGUGGAUAAACUUCAGAAGGAGGUGGAUCAGUUGAGAGAGCAGAGGAACCAGCAGAAACAGCUGGCUGACUCCAAUGCCAGACAGAGAGACAUGUACAAGACCCUGUUGACACACAGCACUGGCUUCAGCCUGCCUCCUCAAGGUCUAGAUUCUUCAUCCCAGCCAGCAAAUGUUCGUCCUUCAGCCCCAGGUACUCGCUCUACUCCGCAAAGAGCUGCUGCUGCCGAGUCGGCACAGGCUACUCAGGCUAAAGCUGCUUUAAAGCAGCUCAACGAUGCCUUCAGUCUGUAUAAAAAGGAGAAAGCAGAGAACGACAGGAUAUUGAAUGAAACAAAUGACAGGCUGCAGAGACAGCUAACAGAACUCAACUCCAGCCAUGCCAAGCUGACUUCUCAACUGGAGUUCAGCAACAAGAGGUAUGAGAUACUCCAGGAGAAUGUAUCAGCCUACCGCAGAGAGAUCUCUGCCCUUCAGGAUAGGAACCAAAAAAUGGCUACAAUGGCCCAGCAACAUGAACACAUCAUCCACACGAUGAGCCAAGACCUGCGACAGGCUAACGAAAAACUGGCACUUGAAGAGGUGCGUGUGAAUAACUUGACCAAAGAGAGAGACAUUUUAAGACAAGCAGAGAGUCGACUGACUCGAGAGAAAGAAGCCAUACUGGCUGAGCAACGUAACCAGAACCUGCUGCUCACCAACCUCAAGACUAUACAGUUGACUAUGGAGCGUACAGAGACAGAGACUCGUCAGCGACUGAACAACAAGAUAGAGCACCUGGAAUCAGAGCUGGCUUCCAUGAAAACCAGGAUGGACCAGGAAAUAGCACAGAGACAUACCCUCGGACGCACUAUGGACGCUCAGUUGUUAGAAGCGAAGAAGCAGCUGGAGACACAGAACACCUUACAGCAGAAGACCAAGGAGUUGUUGCGUAGUUCUGAACAGCAGGUUGCAGCGCUGAAAGCCCAGCUGGCUUCUGCUUCAUCCUCUGAGGCUGUUACCAGCUCCAGCAAUACCACUACCCCAGCUACCAGAGCUGCAAGCCUCAGAGCACCCCUGAAAGUACGUUCUCAGGGGCCAGCAGCCUGCCAGCAGCCCAGCCAGUCAGAGCAGGAGCUUGCCGAGGUGAAAGGUCUUCUGCAUACUGCUGAGGAAAAGAACAGUGAACUAGUAGAGCAGCUGAAGAAUGCUAAUUCUACUGUAGAGCAGUACAGAGCUGUGGUACUGACUCUGGAAGACAGUCUGAAGAAAGAAAAGGAGUCCCGCUCCCCCCUGGAAAUCCGACUGAAGGAGUCGGAGGAGGUGCAGAAGCAGCUGGAGAAUAGGAUUUUAGAGGCGGAGAAAAUGAAGCAGCUGGAGCAGGAAGAGAGGAGGAAGGCUGUGGAUGCGGUGGAGAAACAAGUGUCUGAGCUGCAGCGCAGUCUGAAGGCUAGUCAGGCAGAGCAGCAGGAGGCGCUGGAGAGAUCAGCUGCCGCUGUUACACUGGAGCAGAAGGCCGUACAGGACAGCCUGCUGCAGACUAAGCUUGCUGGAGAGGCGCAGGCUAAGUAUGAGAGGGAGCUUAUGCUUCAUGCUGCUGAUGUGGAGGCUCUGCAGCAGCUCAAGAAAAAAAUCCAACAAGAAGCAGCACAGAAGAGGGAGUUAGAGGAGCAACUAAACAAGACCUCCUCCCUCCUGCAGGAGAAAACUGCAGCCUGGAACACACUGGAGAGACAACUGAAGGAGGACCUGUCUAAUCAGAGUCAUCGCUCUGAGGAGCUUGGGAAGCAGAAUGCUCUCUUGCACCAACAGAUGGAUGAAAUGGCCUCCAGGAGUCGCCAGCAGCAACAGCAGCAACAGCAGCUUGACCUGUCCUUCAGUGAGGAAGGGAAGACCACUGAACAGAUACUAGAAAUACUGAGGUUUGUGCGGCGGGAGAAACAGAUCGCUGUGGCUCGAUGUGAGGUGUCUGAGGGAGAAGCUCUUCGCUAUAAACAGCGAGUGGAACACCAAGACAGAGAACUAAAGGAGUUACAGGAAGCUCUGAAUGCUGAGAGGGAGAAAAUGCAGGCUACAGCAAAGACUCUGGCCCAGCAGGAGGAGCAGCUGAAGAAGAUGGACUGUAUCAGUGCUCUCCAAGAAACCAACAGGAUGCUGAAAAUGGACAGAGAGAAACUGGAGCAGGAGCUGCAGCAAGCUCAGGCUAAAGUGACAAAGCUCCAGUCAGACAUCAGCCCACUGCAUCACUCGUUGUCCCAGCUCUCCGAAAGAAACGGCUCCCUGCAGGCUGAUAAGAGGAUUCUGGAAGACGACCUCAAACGCUGGAAGGCUAAAGUACAGCAACUGGUGAGCCAACAGAAAGAUGGCGAUGUGGAGGAGAGACAGAAACUGACCACUGAGAGAGAAGCUCAGCAAAGACGCAUCGCACAGCUAGCUGAAGAGACAGCCAAGCUGAAGACUGAAGUGGCCAGAUCCAGUGCCAGCAAUAAUGCGGCUCAGUCUCAGCUGCAAGCCCUCAAAGACUCGGUGGCCCAACUGAUGUCAGAGAGGGACACUCUGAAGAAAGACCUGGAAACAAAAAGCAACGACAUUCUGGAGAAGAACAAGACCAUCACCCAGGUCAAGAAGAUCGGACGACGCUACAAGACCCAGUAUGAGGAGCUCAAAGCCCAGCAUGACAAGCUGGUUGCGGAAACAGCAGCUAAAGCAGCAAGUGAGGCAGCUCCAAGCCACGAGGUGCAGCAAGAGCUGACUAAAGCCCAGGAAGAGCUCAACAAGAACCGAGAAGAACUGAAAACACUGAAAGAUGAUGUGCAGAAAAAACAGGAAGAGACUCAAAAGGCCCAGCAAGAGUUGGAGGAGGCCCAGAAGGAAACCCAAAAGACCAAGGAAAGGUUCCAGGAGAUCCAAAACCAGCUGACACAGAAGCAGAACCAACUGACACAGGCCCAGUCCCAGUUGUCCCAGACCCAGGCUCAACUGCAGCAGAAUCAAAACCAGUUGACCCAGAGUCAGAAAGAGCUUCAACAAGCCAAGACCCACACCCAGCAGGUACAAAACCAUUUAAAAUCAGCUCAGUCUCAAGCUCAGGCCCGUCAGAACCAGAUUCAACAGAUUCAGAGGGAGCUCCAGCAGGCGAAAGAAGCCCUCCAACAGAACCUCACCAAUCAGAAAGAGCUACAACAGACCCACCAAACCACACAACACAGCCACAACCAGGAAGUCAAUAAUCUCAAGACUGCUCUGAGUCAAGCAGAGGGCAAGGUGACUGAGCUCCAAGGCCAACUGGACAUCCUGCAGAAGACGGUUGGUGAACGUGAAGCAGACGUCAAGCGUCUGCAGGAGCAGCUAACUGAAGCUAACCAGGCCAAUGAAGCUAGCCGAGCAACACAGGCCAAGAGUUCCCAGCCCAUCCAAGCCAGUGAUGCUAAUGCUGCUAGUGACACUAACCAGGCACUACAAGAGGAGCUGACUAAACUCAGACAAGAGCUUUUAGAGACCAAGAGCAGUGAGGAGCAGAUGAAACAACAGAUGGCUGACAAAGAGGAAAAGACUAAGAAGGCCUUCCUGGGAGCUAAGACCAAAAUCAACCAACUUAACAGUGCCAAAGAGCAGCUCAGUGAGGAGAUAGAACAACUGAAACAGAGUAAGGAGGAACUGGAGGUGAGAAUGAACGCACUCAAGUCCCAGUAUGAAGGUCGACUUCUUCGCCUGGACAGAGAGCUGAGAGAACUGAGAGAGACACAAACGCACUCUGACUCCAGAGAGGAGCCACAGGACCAGAGUGGAGCUAAGGUGGGUGAUCAGCCCAGAUCUGCAGACCAGAGACAGAUACCUUUGAAGAGUCCAGCCCAAGACAGGGGAAGCUCCAGCCUGUCUGAGCCUCCCACUGCUAACAUCCGCCCCACCCCAAGUACUCCAUCUCCUAGCAACAAGCCCAGCCCCUCCCCUGGUAGCAAGGCCACGCCCCGUGCCAGCAUCCGGCCUAUGGUUACCCCAUCAACUGUCCCCAUCCCAACACCUACUGCCACAGUCAUGCCCACCACACAGACUGACAGCCAAGAGGGUGAGAAGCAAGAGUUAAAAAUGCUAAUGAGCGCAGGAGCCUCUGUACAUUCCACCAGCUCCAGUCUGGUGAGCGCACCCACCUCCAUAACUCAGCCAACCAGCACACAGGCCACAGCUUUUGUCCAGCCCACCCAGCAGCAGGCAGCCAGUCAGGAUGCAGGGUCCAGUAUGGAGGCAGAGCGACCAUCCACGUCAUCCUCUCUGAUUGGAACAGGAGGUUCAAAGCGAGCAAGAGAUGAGGAGGAGGAGGAGGAGGAGGAAGAGGAGAGCAGACCAGAGAGUUCCCACACACCACCGACCACUAAAAAACUACGACUAAAACCAACAGUAGCGCUGCAGAUGGAAGGUGAUGAGGAGAUGGAAGGAGAGCUGAGAGAUGAGGGGGAGCGACAGGACUCACCAGAUGACAGUCAGGAGCUUCCAGAGGAGGGUUUCCCAGUUUUAGCUGAAGAUGAUGAGGAGAUUGAGGACGAAGGCGUGUCCCAGUCUGUCCCCUCUUAUCAGAUGUCCUCUCAGGACUCUGCUAUAGUCCGGGAUGUCAUUGUGAUCGACACGGACAGCGAGAGCUGUGAGAGCAAAGAGGGGGCAAGGAAGCAGGAGGAUGAAGGGGAAGAGGAAGAGGAAGAGGAGGAAGUAGAGGAGUAUAAGGAGGAAGAGGAUGAUGAUGAAGAUGAGGAAGAUGCUGGUGACAGCGGAAUGAGGGGAGGAGGGGAGAGUAAUGAGAAGAGCAUGGAGCCUGAAGAUGAGGGAGAGGAGGAUGAUCCAUCAGAAGCCACCAACACUGAAGAGAUUGUGUGCGGAGCAUCUUCAGACUCCCAGCGUCCCUCUGAGCCGCCACAGAGCAGUGAAGGCAGCAGUAGCGCCACAUCAGAGUCUGACCCCACCAGAGACCCUUUACACCUCCCACCAACCUCCUCCUCCUCUGCACCUUCGCCCUCCUCCUCCCUCACACCCCGCUUGCCCCACCCCCGUAGGCCCACACACUCUCUCCCACCAAGGCUCUAUAUCCAACCUCCAGCUCCAGAGCUGGGACCCCCACAUACACAGAGACAGUCCUCUCAGCUGCGCAGACCAUCAGUAGGACGUGGUCUUCAACUAACUCCUGGAAUAGGCAGUACGCAACAUUUCUUCGAUGAUGAUGACAGGAUGGUUCCUAGUACUCCAACGUUGGUGGUCCCACACCGCACUGAUGGCUUUGCUGAGGCUAUACAUUCUCCUCAGGUAGCAGGUCUGUCCACAAGGUUUAGAUUUGGCCCUCCAGAAGACCUGCUACCUCAGACAUCAUCUUCACACUCUGACCUGGGACAGCUGGCGUCUCAAGGAGGUUUGGGGAUGUAUGAAUCUCCUCUUUUCCUGGCUGCACAUGAUGAAGACGGAGGAGGAAGGAGUGUCCCCACCACACCUUUACAAGUGGCCGCACCAGUGACAGUCUUCACUGAGUCUCUGCCCUCAGACAGUGGUGAUAACAUGGCCUCCCAGUCUGUUCCCAUGGUAACUGCCUCCACCGGGAUGGCUGCUGCUGCAGACGACGGAGAUGAGGUCUUCGUGGAGCAGGAAGGAGAGGGACCUGGUAUUGAGUCUUCUUUGGAGAGUCAGACAGACGUGGAGUCAGCAGGACAGCAGAGUGAUGAUGCAUCACUGCCAUCUACUAGCCAAGACCCUGACACCAGCAGUGUUACUCAGCGGCGCACUGUGAACAGCCAACCUCUGAUGAGCAACCCGCCAGGCAGAGGAGCCAGAGGAGGCAGGGGGGAGGCCAGGCUGUUACUCAGCCGCAGAGGAACUUUCUCUCGAGGAGGAAGGGGAGGGGCCAUGGGCAGAGGGGGCAUCGCCUGAUGAUGAUGUCAGCUGCAGCAACUCAGUCAUCUCAUCCAAUAAGGAGACGAAAAGACGUUUAAAUCCCAGAUAAUUUUUUGCUGAAUUUUGAGAGUUUCAUUAUAUCAAUAAAUCUUCUGUCCAAACAAAAUCAAUAAUCACACUGGUACAAGAGAGAGAUGACAGCUUUGUAUGCGUGUGGUCCUUUCUCUGAUGUGUAAGGUCCAAUUUUAGUGAAAUCCAGUGAGUUUGUACUUGUUUUGUAAUUUUUGUUUUACAUGUAUUCAUGAGAGAAGCCCUGGUUUUGUAAUGUUAGUUUCUUCAUUUGUUCCAUCAGGGCUGUAAAAACACUUGUUUUAAUAAUAAAGUUGCAUAAUGCCUA